AUGUUUAGUAUGAUACUCAAAGUAGGCUGGCACUUCAUGUUUUCCAAAUUUUUAGAUUUCUUCGAUACGGUGUUUUUUGUCCUUCGAAAAAAACAGUCGCAAGUUUCGUUUCUUCAUGUUUACCACCAUGCAAAUAUGGCUUUGGUCGUGUGGGCUUACAUAAAGUAUUCGAGAGGCUCAUACGGACCUCUGGUUACGAUAUUAAAUACAUUUAUUCAUGCUGUUAUGUAUGGUUACUAUCUACUCGCUGCACUUGGACCUCAAGUUCAGAAAAAUCUAUGGUGGAAACAGCAUUUGACGAGAAUUCAGUUGGCUCAAUUUAUUAUUGUCAUGUCGUACCUACUGGGACUACUUAUCUUCAACUGUGAACUCUCCAAAGCUGAGGCAACUUUUAUGUUCCUCGAUUGUUCGUCAUUCUUUUUCCUGUUCCUCAAUUUUUACCGCAAAGCUUACCUUAAAUCUGCCAAAAAUAUUGCAACGCCGUCCCCACCUGUACAUGUUCAGCCACUUGACGAAAAUAAAAUGAAAUGA